UAAAGUAUUAUGUUCUUUAUAUUCAGUCAAUGACCCAUGUAUACUUUAUUCAGACAAAUGUUACGUCACAAUUGAAUGUGCACGUAAAAAGACGUUGAGUCGUAGGAUUUGCGUACCCGAAAACGAUGACGUAAACAAACCUGCGACCUACGUUAAAAUCCUUUCCGAAUGUAUGCAGAACCAAACCGUUCAACCCGACUCUGCAGAACCUGAUCUGUGUAGUCAAAUCAACACUGCUCUCUUCACUGAAUUCGGAAUGGUUAUAUAUGCGAUUGUGGCGAUAGUGAUCAUAUGCUUUUUUGAAAAGAGGCGCUUCAAAGCUGACGUUUGCCAUGGUAGACCCGGAUUACCAUUACCGAUCAAUUUCUUGGACGGAACCUCAAAUUCAGUCGCCAAUGCAGCAGCGUUUGGGUGCACUUUGGAUCAUAUCAUUAUCUACUUAUUCUUUGGGCCUGUGAGAAUUACUGAGCAUCCAUGGCUAUCAUUUCUUUCCAUGUUCAUAACGUGCUUCAUGAUGUCCAUCGCAUUCUACCCCAUUUUUGCAAGCUUGAACACUUCCUCGAGAUUAUUUGGAUCCAUCAUAGGAUUUCUUUAUAUUCUGCUUUUGUCACUUGUAGACAUUGGACGAUUUUAUGUCUGUACCACAGAGACCUGGCUGUGGUCCAUUAAAUUCAUCACAAUAAUCUCUGAAGCAUAUCUACUGAUUCUGUUCAUUUAUCGCUGUGUGACAGCCCUGUUCAAGAAAUCAGUUAAUAGCAAGGAGCCUUUAGUCAAAAUCGAUCAGAUGAUGCAUGUGAUGGAAUUGCUCCAAACACCUGUCUCUACAAGUACAUCGGAAAACAUCAAAGAGAAGAUAAUAAAGAACACAGAGAGAGCUGUUCAUGAAGCGAAGUUAUGCUGUCUUCACAAAAGUCUGUACAGGUGCACCACAAGGACCCUAGUGAUCAACACCAUCGUCUUCAUGAUCUUUUAUUAUAUAUUUGUUAUUAUAGUGGCAAAUAUUGAUGAUGCAGGAGAGAUUAUUGAUCAGUUGCCUGAUACCAAUCCAUCUUGGUUUAAGAAGACUUUGAAAACUUUUAUACAGGUUAUCAGAGUGUCCUUUACAAUCGCCAAUAUCCUAUCGGCUGUAUAUUUGGUAGCCAAUAUGAUCUUCAUUUACCGAUCACAGAGACAACAUGUCAUCCAAAUGUGGAAGGGAGACCGAUCUUUCAUUCCAGUAAAUUGUACGCAAAGCCACAGCGAUAUGUUGGUUAAAAAUCUAAUGUACGCAGGGAACCAAGCUGCCCAUCUCCUUGGAGGUUAUCUCAUUUUCCAAUAUGUGGUGGUCGUGUUGUGCAUGGUGAUAGCUUACGGUUUUGUUUUACCCAUUAUGAAGGAGGUACCAUCUCUUUUCCUGAAACCGUUGGCGUUUUCUAUACCUGGUGUGGUGUUCAUGUUUGUUUUUAGAGCUGUACUUCGAAUCAUCAGUAGUAAAUUUUUCUUGCAAAAUCAUUAUCUCAGCUCUGACAACGGCGAGACCUGGGAGAAGGUUCUGGCUUUGGACAACAGGAGAGUAUACCAGAACCUGUCCUUUUUCCUGUUUUUCUACUACAUGCUGAUCGGUCUGUACCGGUGUCUGUAUCGUGUUGUCAUCUCUGUAAUUCUGAGUUUAUUCUACUUCUCUCGCAUGGAUAGACCUAUACUGUUCCCUGGGUUUGAACAUUUAGAUAUAGGGUAUAUGACGUAUCUCGGCUUCCUGGAGGUGGAAUUGCAUCACUGUCAUCCAGUUGUCGUCGUCUUUUGUGACCAGAUCAUCAAAUCUGUCAAAUCAAAGUCCUUCACAUCCCAGGAAAGGCAAACCAGAAUUGAAACGGAUGUAUAUGAAAACGACGUGUACGUAUUUUCAAACGUGCAUACAGCCCGAGUAAAGAACAAAUGGCUGAAGAUGAGAACUUUGAUUAAAAAUCAGUCUCUGUGUAAAGACUCCAAGACCAACAUUUUCUUUCAGCAUCCACUCCAUGCAAAGAAAACGUUCGUGGGAUGUAAAGCUGAAAUCAAAUCUAGCGAGGUGUAGACAUUUGUGAAAUUUCUUUAUUGAAAAUUCGUUAAUUUCAAACUCAAAGGAUUAUGUAAUACACAUAUGUUAUAGAAAAUUGCCAUAAUAUGUCGUAUGCAUUUAAAGAGAGGAAUACGUCAUCUAACUUUUUACAUUACUGUUACUCAUUUUGAAUUACUGUAUACAGGGUAUAUUUCGCCCGUUUUUAUUUUCGUCUUUUUCCUGGACAUCAUGUUUCAGGGUGUUUUAACUAAAACGAAAAGUGAUUAUUUCCCUGUACACAAAAUGUACUAAUACUUUUAUAGGACCAUUUAGCUGUAUAAUAUGUGUAUGUUAUAUGCUUAACUUCUAAGGGGAUCGGACCUGUAGAUUAUGAACUGAGAACAAGUUGAAUAUUUUAAUAAGUAUACUAGCAUUUUCGAUAUUUAAGCACGUUUAAAUAACAAAAUAUCACACAUACACUUUGAUAUUCGGAUUAUAAUUUUUCAAGGAUGUUUAAAAAUGCACAGUACUAGUCCCCUUUUGACGUUACAAUACCCUCCCUUGUUUCAUUUUACCACUAAUGUGUUCGUUUAAUCAACAUUACAAGUACGUAUAUCACCUUAGUUCACUUAGUGUUAUGUAAUCUAUUAAAUCUACAUCUGUAAUCUCAGUCUAUUUGACAAAAUAAGUAUGUUUUCUGUUGCACUGUUAUCAGCAAAUAGCGCUACAAAAAUUAUCAUUUUUUUUUUAGCAAUGGGGACUAUUUCUCAUUUUUUUUAUUUGCAAUUUUGUCUUUUGGUGUAUUAAUUUCUAUGUAUUUUCAUGAAUUAAACUGGAAUAUCUUAA